AUGACCCGUGUGAAAAGCUCGCAGAUUAGAGAGGGCGGGCAGAUUGGGCGAAGCAACACAGAUGUGCUAGUUCUUCACGACGUGAGCACCUUGUAUUACGACAAGUACCGCGUGAAGAGCCUAGUCAGAGUUCUAACGACAACUGGUGGAAAGUUCUUCAGAUGUUCACGUUUAACGCUAUCAAAGUCGGCUGUUGCAAAUUUCCAUCGACGUAAUACGGAAGACUUCUCCGCUAGUCCUUUAUUCGUCGACAGUGGGGCACAAUGGAGACGUUCCGAUUUACCCCCUGCCCCCUCUGCAGGAGCAGCGGUUUUUGUACAUACAGGAUUCUAG